AUGCCACCAAAGAAAGGUACCAAAGUUGUCAAGGAAGAGGUGAACGUCGCCCUUGGACCUCAAGUCCGUGAAGGUGAACUUGUCUUCGGCGUUGCCCACAUCUUCGCGUCAUUCAACGACACCUUCGUCCAUGUCACCGAUCUUUCUGGACGUGAAACCGUCUCCCGUGUCACCGGCGGAAUGAAAGUCAAGGCCGACCGGGACGAAAGCUCGCCUUACGCUGCCAUGUUGGCCGCUCAAGAUGUUGCCGCUCGUUGCAAGGAAGUCGGUAUCACCGCCCUCCACGUCAAGCUCCGAGCUACCGGUGGAACUCAGACUAAGACCCCCGGCCCCGGUGGACAAGCCGCUCUCCGAGCUCUUGCCCGUGCUGGCAUGCGAAUUGGCCGAAUCGAAGAUGUCACCCCUGUCCCCACUGACAGCACUCGUAGAAAAGGUGGUCGCCGUGGUCGUCGUCUAUGA